AUGGACUAUUUUAAUUAUAUUUCAAUAAUUGCAAAACUUGUAUAUAAUAAAAUAGCUUUUAAGGAUUAUUAGAAGUGGAACAUAAAACCAUUUUAUAAAGCAGUCAUUUAUUUUAAUAAUGAUAAAUCAUUUGAAGAUUAUAUACAAUCUAAUUCAUAAACUGAUUUAAAGGCUAUUUGUACAUUUUCUAAUUAUCAUAUAUCCUCUUUGAAUAAAAAUGUAUUAAAUUUUUUGAAGAAAAUUGUAAUAACUGUGAAAUAAUAAAUGUAUAAAUUACAUACAUUCAAUGCUAGGAAACAGAUUUUUGAUUUCCCAAAAGUAGAAAUACAAAUGGAACGUGACUUAAAUGUCCUUCUAAUUUAAUUGGUAGGAAUAUCAAAUAUUAAUUCAUAUUAUAUUUUUGCUAAUGAAAAUUUAAGAUAUACCAAGAAAAUGUUAUGAAAACCUAAAAAAUAAGAUAACUCAAUAUUAUUUUGAUUUUUUAACCUAAACAAUAACUGUUUGCACAUCAAAUAAAUAAUGUUAUCAUAAAUAUAUAAUAGAGUAAAAUAUCUUUUCUGAUAUAUCAUAAUAUUUAUAGUUCUGUAGUGAUUCCCAUGAUGGUUUAUUUCAAUAAAAAAAUAUAUUAAUAAGUUAAUUUUAUGAUUUAAAAAAUUUUUUAAUUUCUUCCAUGAUAUAGACCUAGUAUUCCAACUUAAUAAGUUAAUGGAGGAAGAAUGAGCAUUAUCUUAAAUUUACAUUCCUUUGAUCUCAAAGGUCUUUGUCCUCAUUUCUGGAAAAUGGGGUCUUUCCCCAUCAUUUCCAAGCUGAAAGGUAACCUUUUUUAGGGGCUCCUUUCAACAACUCUUUACAGAAGAGGAUUUUUUCAUGGAUUUCACCACGAUUUAAUUUUUUAAAAAUAUUUUUUCAAUUUUAUGUUUAUGAUUAUCUUAAUUUGUUUGAAACUAAGAUGCUUGAUGAUUAUUUAAACGAAUAAGACAUGUAGAAUUUUUAUUUACUCGUAUAAGGCAAUGAACCUGAAUGCUAUAUAGAAGAAAGCUUAAAUAAAUAUUCACUUUUACAAUAAAAUAUAUUUAAACUUUAAUAGAUUAAUAUAAUUAUAUAAGGUUAAACGAAUCAACGAUUGUAAAUUUUUACAAUUAAUGAACUCUUAGUAAUUUUAUGAAAAUAACUUUUAAGAACAUUAAAUUUCAUUUUAUUAAAGGAUCAAACAAUAGAUUUUUUAAUACUCUUUUUAAAUUAAAAAUGGCAAUUGAUAUUAAAAUUGGAGAAUAUUAUAAUUACAAUGCCAUAUAAUCAAUUUAGGAAAAUCUCUAUCCCUAAUUGACUUUUAAUUGCAAUCAUAAACUUCUAUCUUUUAUAAUCAGAUAUAUUUACUGUUAUGUCUAUUGA